ACGUAGUAGAGUACUAAACUACCUAGUUUGUCAUUCACAUGAAACAAAGGCAUUGCAUGGUUCAUAUGACACUACCAACCGCCAAUCGUAUCCACCCGCCAAAACCCUUGAACGGUAAUCCGAAAUCUGUUCCCCCCUCCUUAAGAAUUCAACAGUGCCUCUCGCGGCUCACCUCUUUUUCUAGUGGAAAGCACAUUUUCCAAAUUCACGCCCAGAUUUUAAUUUCUGCACUUCAUUACGACUGCCGUGUUGUAAAUAGAAUAAUCCAAUUCUGCUGUGCAAAUCACAUCGGAGAUAGAAUUAAUUUAUUACAUCACGCUCGUCUCAUUAUUAGUCAGACCCAAAACUUGGAAGUUUCGUCAUGGAAUCAUCUGAUAAGGGCAUAUGCUUCUUCGAAAUGCGGUCUAGAAAGAGAGACAUUACGGGUUUUUGUUGGGAUGCGGUGUGAGGGAGUUAAACCCAAUGAGCAUACCUUCCCCUUUGUGUUCAAGGCAUGCGCUUCGUUUUCGGGUUUCAGUGAAGGGCAGCAAAUUCAUGGGGAAGUAGUGAAGUAUGGUUUGUAUUCUAAUGUGUAUGUUCAGAAUACUUUGAUUCAUAUGUAUGGUUCUUGUAAGAAGGUUGUUUAUGCAUACAAGGUGUUUGACAAAAUGUUGUUUAGAACGGUUGUUUCUUGGAAUUCGAUUAUUUCAGCUUAUGUAGAGAGCUCAAAGUUUUUUGAUUCAGUUGAGGUUUUUGUCAAGAUGCUGGAUAGUGAUUUUGAGCCGGAUGAAACUACGAUGGUGAUUGUACUUUCCGUUUGUGCAGAGCUUGGUAACUUGAGUCUGGGAAAAUGGGUCCAUUCUCAUGUAAUUGAGAAAGGUAUGGUUUUGAAUUGUCAGUUGGGUACUGCUCUUGUUGACAUGUAUGGAAAGUGUGGAGCUCUGGAUUAUGCUAGAUUAAUUUUCAGUCAGAUGGUCCAUCGAAACGUUUGGACUUGGAGUGCGAUGAUUCUUGGGUAUGCACAGCAUGGCUUUGCUAAAGAUUCCCUUGAACUUUUCAUGGAGAUGAAACAAAAUUCAGUCGAGCCUAACUAUGUGACGUUUCUUGGGGUUCUUUGUGCUUGUAGCCAUUCUGGACUGGUUCAGGAUGGGGAGCGAUUUUUCUAUGAAAUGGAGCAUGUGUAUGAGAUCAAGCCCACAUCGGUUCAUUUUGGUGCGAUGGUUGAUGUCUUAGGUCGAGCUGGUCAUCUUAAAGAAGCUUAUACUUUUCUUUUAAAUAUGCCCAUUGAGGCAGAUGCCAUAACGUGGAGGACAUUGCUCAGUGCCUGCAACAUUCAUGACAUUAAUGACUUAAGUGGGGUGGGGGAGAAGGUGAGACAAAAGCUACUUGAAUUGGAGCCCAGAAGAAGUGGGAACUUUGUGAUGGUGGCAAACAAGUAUGCUGAAGCGGGUUUGUGGGAGAAAGCAGCAAAUGUGAGGAAUAUUAUGAGAGAUAAAGGAUUGAAAAAGAUGGCCGGAGAGAGCUGUCUAGAGGUAGGAGGAUCCAUCUUUAGAUUCUUCUCUGGAGAUGAAUUCAAACUUGCUUAUAAGGAUAUGUUCUUUUUGCUAGAUAGACUGAACUUGCAUAUUAAGAUGAUAAAUGAUGACUAAUUAUGUGAUUCUGGAGUGGUUUUUGAAAGGACAGUUUUAGUAGUCGUAAUUGGAAACCAAAUAUGUUAAAAUCAAGAGUAUAAGUGUAUAACUACUGUAUAUUUAAAAUAAACAUUUCGAGUUUUUCGUUUAA